AUGUGUCUACGUCAUGAGGAGUUAGUAAAUAUGGCGGAUUCCUUGACGGAACCCGUUUGUUUGGAAGAUUUUGAGAGUUACGCGAGGCAGAACUUGCCAAAUCAUGCAUUUGAGUUUUUUGCUGGAGGUGCAAACGAAGAAACUACCAUAAGAGAAAACGUGGAGGCAUUUAAAAGGUGCGAGAACAUUCAGAACGGUCGUUUCGCCUUCGAGUCGUUUCGCCAGAGUUCUGUUCGCCAACGUCUUAUGUCGUUCUGCUAAGAAGCGAAACGAGUGUUCUCUCAGCCAUGAUACAAAAAAGUGUGAUGCCUAUGUAUAUUCGUAGUUCUUUCAGUGGGCGGGUGUUGAGGGGGGGGGAGGUUACCCCGGGGGGGGCACUUGGGUAUUUUUUGGGUGGGUAUGUGCCGCCCGGGACUCCAAAUUGGCACCCCGUUCUAGAAAAAUUUUCCCCUAAAAUUGAUACCCCGUAGUAGAAAUGGGCCAAUUUUUUUAUACCCCGUUCUAGAAUUCGCCCUAAAACUGAUACCCCGUUCUAGAAAUGGGCCAAUUCUUUAUACUCCGUUCUAGGGUGCAACAAGAGUACAACGGUUUGCUUGUUAACGCAUUGAACCGUAUUUUUAAAAGCAAUCUGUCCUUGAACACUUUCAAAUGGCUGCUUACAAAAGUGAAGCUUUCGUGCAUUCGAAAUAUUAUACCCCGUUCUAGAAAACGCCUCUGAAAUGGAUACCCCGUUCUAAAUCAAAAGCUUCAAAAUCACGACCCCUUUGGGCGGCACAUACCUGUAUAGGUAAUGUAUGGGAGGACCCCCCCCCCCCCCGGGGAGGUUACUCCCUUAUAUAAGCCAUAUAGGUAUGUGCCGCCCAAUCGGGUCGGGUUUUUGCGCCGUUUUGGUCUGAAAUACACUUUGCCCAUUUUGGUUUGGAAUCGGGUAUGGUUUUCUAGGAACUAUGGAGUGUAUGAACAUAUUAGUCGUUUCAAUUCCAAAUGAGUAAGCAAGAAAGAGAAAUAUGCGGAUUCGAGAUGGAUUUGAAUAAUUUUUUGUUCGCGCUCUUACGGCUAAGUAAUGAUAACAUAAUUUCUGCCUAAAGGCCAGGCCCGGGUUGUUUAAACGUUGGAUAGCGCUAUCCACCGGAUAAAUCGCUAUCCAGCGGAUAGCGUAAUUGACUUGCGUAAUACUUAUCCACUGGAUAGUGAUUUAUCCGGUGGAUAGCGCUAUCCAACGUUUGAACAACCGGGGCCAGGUCUUGAAACGGGUAUGGAGUUUAGAGGCCUAGUCUGAAAAUGGGUGUGGAAAAUUACACUUUUUGGUCUGAAAUUGGAUCAGGAUUUGAGGAACUGGGCAGCACACCCCCACCAAGAAUUCCCAGGAGUACCCCAACCCCCAGCCCCCCCCCCCCACCCCCGUAGGGAACUGACCUAGCACAUAUGCAACACGACUUCAGAAGUUGCCAAACACAACUUUGGCGAAACGACCGUAAACCCUCAUCCUCGGAGACCCGCGUUCUGGCUUCUGAUUGGGCAGAAAAGCACAAGAGUUUUCUGGCACCAAUCAGAAGCCAGAACGACCAUUUGGAACUGGUCUGGUAAGACAUUGUCCCCAGGGGCUCUUCUCGCCGUUCUUUACUUUUCUUCGUGCCAUAUUUUCCCGCCCGUUUAGACUUUCCCUUGCCCCUACUAUCUGCCCCUGGGUGUCCAAGGAUGGUAAACCUUCAGAACAGGUCAAGAUUUCACUUUCUGUAAAACUUCACUUGGAGUCUCCUUUUCCAUCAUGAGAAAAUACUCCUCUACUAAAUGGAAGACCCCUCUUUACCUUUCCAGAGAUCUUUAUAGUAGUUAUCCAUGUUGGACUCUCACUCAUUGAUCCAUGCUGUUGAUUUGUUCGUUUUCUUGCAUGCUUAUUAAAUUUGUGUGUGUGGUGGAGAGGUAAUUGGACAUAAGAAUUGAACUACUGAAGCAACUUAUCAUUUUAUCAUUAUUGUUUGUAGAGUUAAGACCCUAGGUCGUGGUCAGAUCACUUAUACAAAACUUGGACCCCAAGUCCAUGGAGUAUUCCUGUGGACCACCCCUAAUUUUUGAAGAUGAAUUUAACCAGAGGUGUAAACAAAUUUUUGGACCUUAAAUGGAUGAAACUGUGGUCAGUAUUUAUUAUUAGGGUUAUGGGCUCCUCAUAUUUUACACUUGCUAAUUUUUUUUCAGUUCCUUACCAGUGUAAUGGGUUUGUUUUAGUUUAGUGAAGGAGUAACCUUAUUUUAAGGGAACAGGGGGGUGGUAGGGAGGACGCAGUCUCCUGUGUAGCUCUUUUUUUGUCUUCAUGUCGUAAUCGUGAAAAUCGAAACAAAAACGGCUGCAUAUGAGACUAAGCAUGAAGCCUAAUGUCUGUAUGUUUGUCAUGACAGCAAUCUCGACGUGAAUGAAUUAUUGCAAAUUACAUGAACCAACAUGUAAAUGUCCGCAAACUUGUCAGAUGUUUGACCAACCGCCUUGUUUAAUGAGCUGCAGGUCAUUUUGUGCUUGAUUCAUAAGCAGGAUUUAAUAAGUUUGCCAACCAAUAAACAUUUCCAAGAGCUAUCAAGGAAAGGGAUGUCUGGGGAGGGUACUCAAUCAUUUAUGCAAAGCCUUUUCCUUUUCCUCCCUAGUGUGCCACUUAGAUGGUCGAUCCCCUUGAAAUAUUGUUUCUCCUUCUGGACUAAACCAAACCCAUGUCAUAUUCAAGGAGCCUUUAAUCCUAAUAAUAAAUAUACUAAAAGUUGACACAGUUUCAUUCCAUUUAAGGUUCCUAAAAUUUAGACCUCUGGUAAAAAUUCAUCUUAAAAGAUUUAGGGUGGUCCGCAGGGUAGUCAAUGGACUAGGUCCACAGAGGUGGUCCAUGGAUUGGGGGUCCAUGUUUUGUAUAGGUCCAUCAUGGUCAAAUACAGUGUAGUAGCAAGACAUACUUAACUUAAAGGGCCCAGAAGACAGGAAAAGAAAGGUGAAAUAAUGUUAGGAUCUUUGAAGGCUCGUGUACAACUGAAUUUCAGGCUGAGAAUACGACCACGAGUUCUUUGUGGCAUUUCAGAAGUGGACCUUUCAACUACAGUUCUUGGAGAAAAAGUUUCCUUACCAAUUGGUAUUGCACCAACAGCAACUCAGAAACUUGCCCACCCUGAUGGUGAGCAAGCCACUGCAAAAGGUAAGAUUAGUAUGCAAGCUACUUAAGACCUGGCUCAGGGGGUCCUUUUUACUUCUUUUAAGUUGUUGGGAAACUGCUAGCAGAUACAUGUAACUGUAAGUUGCAUUAAUUUCCAGAAUUAAGGUUGAGGGGAGCGUAAGCGUUUACUGUGAUGCGGUUUUGUUCAAUUAUCGGUGCAGUUUGGCGGAAAUUUUCACUUUAAGUUACAGUAUUGCGGUUUUACAAAACCAAGCGGUUUGCAGUAUUUAGAUAUUUUGGGGUAAUUUAAAUGCAGUUUGCAGUUUUCUUACAUUAUUCUGUGUGUGCGGUUUUUGUAUUUCUGAGCAGUUUUGCAGUGUUUGUACCCCCCUUAGUUCCCCCUUACCCCCCCCUCUCAAUUAACUAUUAGUAGGUUCUCAGAGAAGAAAGAUAAUUUGUACAAUGUAUAAUAACAGAUUAUAUUGUUUUGCAGCUGCUUCUAAGGCUGGGACUUGCAUGAUACUCAGUUGUGUUGGAUCCACGUCACUAGAGGAUGUUGCAACAAUGGCUCCUGAGUCAGUUAAAUGGCUGCAACUUUAUGUACUGAGCUCCCAAGAAAUGACAAAAAAGAUUGUUAAACGUGCAGAAAAAGAAGGAUAUAAAGCAAUUGUCAUGACUGUUGAUGCAACUGUGAGAGGAAAGAGACAGAAAGAUGUCAGAAAUCAUUCCUUUCUGUUACCUCAUCUCAUGAAUAUUCCUAAUGUUGAUCCAGCAAAAAUGGCAGAUGCCAAGAGAUCAUCUGAUUUUGAGAAGAACAAACAACGAGGUUCUGGCUUUGCAUUUGAUAAUUUUGCAAAGACUUUAUUUAAUAAAUCAAUCACCUUUGAAACCAUUGACUGGUUGAAGAGCAUCACCAAGCUUCCAGUUCUCGUCAAAGGGAUUUUGACAGCAGAUGAUGCCCGAAAGGCUGUUCAACAUGGAGUUGAUGGAAUAAUUGUAUCCAAUCAUGGAGGAAGGCAGUUAGACUGUGUUCCUGCCACUGUAAGUGUGUAAUGAACCUUUUAGUUUGUCAGUUUUGUUUUUCCAGUGUAGGUAACAUCUGAUAUCACUCCUGAGGGCUGUCAAUUUCUGCAUGUCAUGAUACCGCAUCAAAAUUUACCCAAAUACUGAAACCACAGUUACAAAUGGGAAAAAGUUGCGGUUGUCAAGACUACUGCAGAUCCACCUUUUAAAUAGAAAAAAUAUUUUUAUGUCAGUGUUUCCAAAUCAAGGUGCGUCGAAUAAAAAACAAACGAUCAUCGAAUGAUCCAACAAAAUUUUUCAGUGAAGAUCAAAUUCAACAGUAACUGUCAGUCCAUUUUUUAAGUGGCCUGCAAUGUACUGUUGACGUAAGAUAGGAGAAGGGACAAUGAGGUAAUACUUACCAAACGGUUUCCCUGAAUUUCACCAGCCUCUUCUCCCCUUGAUUUACCAAACAAUGGAACUUUUUUUUUCUCUGUAAUUUCACCCCCUUUUCCUUCUUCAUAGAAAAUUGCUAUGCAAUUUAUAAUGACCUCGCUAUAUUGCUAGAUUAUCUGACUGGUCACUUUGUUGACCUUCUACGUGGAUCGCUCGCCAUUGUUUCACAACUGGCUUGAAUAAAGAGACAGUAUUAAAGGUCGGUAAGGAGGUUAGCCAAGCCAACUAUUCCCAUAAGGUCAUGAAAUAAUGCAACAUGUUUUUGCAUCAUUGGAUGAAAAGGUUAAUGUUGUUAAUUAUAUCAAGUGUUAACUGAAAUUACAAGCCAUACGAUUUGUCUGGACUGUUUGUGCAAUAAAUGGUCCCUGACUUUGCAACUAGGGACAGGCCUGACACGCAGGUCACAUAGGUCGUGCAGGCUAGGGAGAGCUUUUAGGAUUUGUAGAGUUGUCAUGCUUUAAAAAAAGGAGGCAGAUCAUCGAUUUUCACUGAUUACUACAACAUAAACUUUAAAAUUACUGCAUACUGCUUGGACUCAGAAAACUGCAAUACUGUAGUUUGAAAUAAAAAUUAACCGCAUUACAGCGACCCUCAUGCCCCCCUCUUGUUGGCCGUGAUUUUUCAGGCGUGUGGCGUAAAUAAAGUGUUUCUUUUUCUAUUAUUGUUGUUUACUAAUAAUUCCUAACAAUGUAUUUUUGCUAGAUUGAUGUUCUGCCAGAGAUAGUGGAUGCUGUCAAUGGAAAAGUAGAAGUAUAUGUUGAUGGUGGAAUUAGACUGGGUACAGAUGUAUUCAAGGCACUGGCCUUGGGGGCACGUGCUGUUUUUAUUGGUCGACCAGCCAUUUGGGGACUUGCCUACAAGGUAACAAAAAUGGAAUCAUAAUAUUUGAAUUGUACAUGUAAGCCUUGCGGUUAAGGCUAUAGAUGGCCAUCACGGGCUAUUAUAUAUAGAUAUAAAUAUUGUGCCACUGUGUGAAGUAGUCUGCUCUGUCAAAGGGUUAAGAAAUCCGAAUGUCCUGGUCUAGUACAGGUACAGUGGAACCCCACUCUACGGACACCUACUUAAUAUGGGCACCCAUAUACAAUGGACAAUUAAUUUGUUUGUCCCAACACUGAAAAAUCUCAUGUAUUCUUUUUAAAAAUAACCUGCUUAAUAAGUCCCUUGGUGUGCAUAUUAAACUGUGUUCACCUCUGUCAUUAAUGGGCAUGAUCAAACUGUACGUGGUAUAAAGACUUAAUGAAUUUUAGCAUGGUAUAAGGGUUGCCAGUGUCUAGUUCAGAAUAGGUUAGCUCAUUUGCAGUUGAACAUCUGGUAUUUAAGGUCAAGGGUUCCAGCAGAACAUGCCCAACCCAAAACCACCCUCCCUAGCAUAAUAUUAUUCUCCCACUACCGGUACUCUAAGUUGGGUGGGGGGGGGGGAAUAUGCUUGCAUCAAAACAAAAUGUACCUUCAACUUGAUCCUUUUUAUCUUUUUAUAGGGUGAGGAAGGUGUGACCAAAGUCCUGGACAUUCUUAAAGAAGAACUCGAAAUAGCAAUGAUUUUGUCAGGUAUAAUACAGAACUUGCAUAUUUUAUGA